UCCGAAACGUCUCACAAACUGUGCUAUUUUUUGUUAUUUUUAUUGUAAUUCUUACCGUUAGUUUGUUAGAAAGAUUGGAAAACAAAAACAAAUCUGCAAUUAGCCGAGUGUGCCCACCGCCCCUAACCGGCUGCCGUUAUGAAUUCCCCCGAUCCAGUACGCCUGGUGUUGGGCAAACUCAUAGCCGAAACAAAGGCUCCCCAUACGCCGGACUCGAUUUUAAACCAUUUCCGAGCAACAGAUUCGACCCGCCUACCGGACAAGCAUCUGCUACGACUGCUUAAGGACAUAAGCUAUAAGCGACCCAAUUUUCGUGAGAUUCAUGCCGAGGUUACCCGCGUAAUUGAACGGAAGGAUCCCAUGUACGCUCUGCUGGUGUUUGCAGAUAAAUAUAGUGACGAUAAUCUUAAGCCACGUAAAUCCGCCAAUUCUUAUUUUACGCCAGACAUGCGACCACCACAUAGUCAAACAAGUCGGACCACCAGCUCCAGUGGCAGUAGAGGUCUAUCCGAUGAUUCAUCGUAUCGCAUUAUGAGCACCACACGCAGUGGCAUCAGCACCUGCAGUGGCAGUGUCUCUGGCAAGGAUAUACCCACAUCGACGCCGGUCAAUUUGCGCAAAACGGAGCCAAAUGGAAUGCAACUGAACGGUUUGCUGGAACCUCGCCAAGUCCAACGGGAUCGUGUCGAUCUUAGUCUAAUCAAGGAACGUGUCCUCAAUGCCGUCUCCGAGGGUUCAGCUCCGAAUAGUCAACGAUCCCUAGAUCCGAGUAGCAAUAAAUCAUCAUCGUCAAGCAGCAAAAGCAACGCAAAUGUGCAACUGGUGCAUUUCGAAGCUGGUCUGCCGGAUGAGUAUCGUACCCAUCAGCUGUGGAACUAUUGCGUGGCCGAUAGCGCGAAGGGAUCCCAGCUGCAGCAGCAGCAGCAUCCUGAGCUCGGCGGUCUGCCAUUGGAGAGCCAACAACGGGUGAUAUUGGCCGAAUUGAUCUAUUGCCUGAGUGGGGUCCGUGGCAAUUUCAUUGUGCCCCAUUUGUCCAGUGAUGAUGCCGAAGAGGAUAUGUCUAAAUAUGAGACAACUUUCACCAUUAACGUUCAGCUGGAUAAAUCUCUAAUACAACUCAUUGAUGAGAUUUUACCCCUGGCAUCGCAUUUUGCUGGCAUACAAAAGAUAAUGGCUGCCAAUGAUAAUCAUGGUCAAGUGCACAAUGCCCUCAAUUCGGCGUUGAUGAAUGUAACCCAUGAUUACUAUAUGCUACUCACACAAACGGAAUUGGAGAUGCAGCAACAGGAAUUGACCCUACAGAAGUUGGUCUAUUAUCUGCGACCAACCAUCUGGGUUAUGGAGGAGGUAUGGGCCACCUUGGCACAAAUGCAAUUGAAUAAGUAUCAGGGAGCUGCUGUAUUAUCCCAUCUGUAUGGACGGAUCAAGGCUCUGGAAGGCGACAAGGCCUCACAGGAAAUGAUUAUCAAUCUGACUCAACAGGCGGCUGUGCCGUAUAUGCGUAUGCUUCAGUUGUGGAUCCAAAAGGGUAUAAUCUUGGAUCGAAAUCUCGAGUUUUUAGUCGAGGAUAACGAGGUGGUGCAUCACGAUGAGCUGCCCGAGCACUAUUCGGAUGAUUAUUGGGAGAAACGGUACACUGUACGUGAUGACAGGAUACCCUCGUUCCUUGAGAAAUACGCUGAUAAGAUAUUGAGAACCGGCAAGUACCUAAAUGUGAUAAGGCAAUGUGGCAAACGGGUAAUGGCCAUUCAGCCGAUGGAUUUGCAAUUUAAUCCCACAAAUGAACAGCAUGUUCAUGUGAUCAAUGAUGCGUAUUACUUUGCGGCACGUAUGCUCCUGGAUGUCCUUCUCACCGAGAACGAUCUGAUGGGACAUUUACAGUCAGUGAAGCGUUAUUUGUUACUGAAUCAGGGUGAUUUCACCAUGCAGUUCAUGGACGCCUGCGAAGAUGAGCUGUCCAAAAAUGUGGAUCAAGUGCUGCCAAUGACAUUGGAGAAUCUCUUGGGUCUCACAUUGCGUCUUUCUUCCGCCCGCAAUGAUCCCUACAAAGAUGAUUUGCACUGUGAGCUAUUGACCUAUGAUUUGGUCACACAAAUGUCCAAGAUAAUGAAUCAGAAGGAGGAAUAUUGGCAAUCUCAUGAUCGUUUGGAUUUAAGUGGCCUGGAGUGUUUCGCCUUUACCUAUGAGGUUAAUUGGCCAGUUUCGUUGGUUCUAAAUCGCAUAGCCAUAUCCAAGUAUCAAAUGCUUUUCCGUCAGCUAUUCUAUUGCAAGCACGUGGAGCGUCAACUCUGCAAAAUUUGGAAAGAAAACUCCAUGGCCAAGAAAUUCUCACCGCUGGCCGCUGAGCUAUAUCGUUCGGCAUUCACGUUACGUCAACGCAUGAUGAAUGCCAUCCAGAAUAUCGAAUACUAUAUGAUGAUUGAGAUCAUUGAACCCAAUUGGCAUAUAUUCAUUGAGAAGAUGAAAAAGGUUGAGAACGUGGACAAUGUUCUAUCGUUGCAUCAAGAUUUUCUCGACUCAUGCCUUAAGAAUUGUAUGCUAACCGAAUCCUCACAUCUGAAUCGUGCCAUAUUCAAGUUAUGUAAAGUGUGCCUUAAGUUCUGCGAAUUUAUACAGGUAAUUUUCAAUGGUAUUGGUAAUUUUAUCAAGUGGCUAGCUAUAAGUAAACGUCGUUCGCAGCCGUUCUUUGAGGAUGCUGAACUCAAGUCGAUGGUUUGUGAUAGCAGCGAUGAUGAUGAAUCGGACAGUAUUGACUCGGACACAAGUCGGUCCCAGAUGGAAAGCUCUUUGGAUCCAGCGGAUACAUUUGGCGAAAGUGUUCGACGUUUUGAUCUUGAAUUUACUGGUCUUUUAAUUGGAUUCCUUAAGCAGGUCAAUGAUUUGGCCAAAGAGAAUACAUCGGAUCGUUUCAUGAAUCUCGUUCAUCGUAUUAAUUUCAACACAUUCUAUUCGGAACAAAUGGAAAAAUUAUGCAUGAAAGAUGUGUUAGGAGCAAAAUUGAAAAGAACCAACGAUGGGGAUUAAAAAUUUGAAAUGGAAGCCAUUUAUAACAGAGAGAAGAACAGAAAGAAAAAAAGACAUUUGCAUGCAGUUUAUCAGUUUUUAUCCCCGUGUCUGUUUACUUUUCUAUUAUUACCUAUAACAUUCAUACGCAACUCAUUCCUCAAAAAAGGAUAAACAAGAAAAGAGAAUGACAUUUAAUUUUUACAUAUGAUAUUAUCAUAUUCUGUUUAUUCGUUAAUUUUUUUUUUCUUUGUUUACUACUACACCAUCCCAACACCCACACCCACACCCACCUCAUAUGAAUUUUAUUGUGUACACGUCAUUUAGUUGUUCAAUUUACAUACAAUAUUACUUAAAUGAUAAUGAUAAUGAUAAUAAUAAUAGUAAUAAAGUCGAUGCCAAGA